AUGCCUAGCUCCAUAUUAACUGCAUCCGUUUACUACGACUUUGCAGAGGAAUUCUGGCUGGGCCUGAACCAGACCUACUCCAUUACCAGACAAGGGGACUACAUCUUACGGAUUGAGCUGCAGGAUUGGAAAGACAACAAACGUUACAUUGAGUAUGCAUUCAGCUUGGGAGGUCCGGAAACAGCCUACACUCUCCAGCUUUCACGGAUCUCCGGGAGCAUCCCCAACGCCCUGCCAGAGCAGACGGAACUGCGGUUCUCCACGGCAGACCAUGAUGUGGACGUAAUAAAAGACUUCAACUGUCCAGAAAACUACCUAGGAGGCUGGUGGCACAGUGAGUGUGAGGAAACCAAUCUUAACGGGAAAUACGUCGCACCAAGGUCAAGAGGAAGACUGGACAGAAAAAAAGGCUUAUACUGGAAGCCUAAGAAAGGAAGAUACUACUUGCUGAAGUCAACCAAAAUAAUGAUACACCCAACAGAUUUAAAAACUUUUGACUGA